ACACGCACACACACACACACCAAACAAGCAUUUCACCUUGCACUCUAGACGUGACAUCGCUGCACAAAGAUUAAGUGAUGGCUAUGGACACUAGACACAUCCUCUGGCUCUUCACACUCUUCUCCACCCUGAGAGGAACUCUGGCAACUUCUGUCACUCACCUGCAGAUGAUGGAGAGCGCCAUCCUACAGGCCACGACGGCCGCCUGCACCUCUCAUGCUACACGCACAGGAAAGGCAUUUGUUCUCCCGCCGGGGCCAGUGUCAGCAGAGGCUCUGGUGAAGGCCUGCUCAUCCUCAUCGUCCGCCGUGAGUUUCCGAAUGGCCAUCACUGAGAUAAGCCUAGCUACCGGAAGCACUGGUCCGGGUGACCGUCAAUCUGUGACAUUCUCACAGUGGCGGAAGCUCAUUACAGACGAUAUCGCUGCUGUAAAGUUGAGUGUUCAAAAAAAGAACUUUGAAUCUGCAAAAGCGAAAUUAGGAGAGGUUCUCUAUGCCCUACAGAAUGUUUAUGGUCACGGUGAUCCGAUUGAACUGGAAAACAAGUUGCCCUACUCCACACUUAAAAGACUUGCUGUGCCAAUUAGAAAUGAUUUGACAAGCUGGCAAAGACCAACACCUACAAUCAGCAAAGAUGGUCAGGAGAUCGCCACAAAGGCCUCCGUUGAUCUCCUGCAGGACAUCAGAGCAGCAGUUGGAGAUGCCGACUUCCUACGGCUGAUGAGGAUGAGUCAGACCUCCUCCUCACUGUGCAUUGUGAUUGACACCACUGGAAGUAUGUCAGAUGACAUUAGUGUUGUGAGACAGACUGCAACUGUCAUCAUAGACAGCAAGAAAGGCACUCCUGACGAGCCCUCCGAUUACUAUCUGAUACCCUUCAAUGAUCCAGGUUUUGGACCUGUUUUCAAGACUACUGAUGCAGGAGAAUUUCAGACACGCAUUAAUAGACUCACAGCUAAUGGAGGUGGAGACGAGCCUGAAAUGUCGCUGUCAGCACUUCAGCUGGCCCUCACGAGUACACCAUCUCAUUCAAAUAUCUUUCUGUUCACGGAUGCUUCAGCUAAAGACUCUUCGCUGAAGAGCACAGAUCAGGCAUUGAUAGAGAAGUCUAAGUCAACAGUCAACUUCCUGCUGACUAACCCGCUGGGACGGCGUCGAAGGAAUGCUGAUGAGCAGCAGCAAUCUGACGAGCAGGAGCAGGAGCACUCUGAGCACGUGCGUGAACGUCGGGCUCUGUCCGCCACCCAAAAAAGGAUUUAUGAGGAGCUGGCCCGCGCAUCUGGUGGACUGGCUGUAGAGGUUACCAAGAAAACCUUACCCAUGGCCACAAGCAUUAUCACCGAUGCAUCAAGCUCUGCUAUGGUGACCGUUUUCCAAGCUGUGAGGGUUAGUGGAUCGUCAGAAGAAUUCAAGUUUCAAAUGGACACAUCAUUAAGUCACCUUGCUAUCUACAUCACCGGACAUUCUCUAACAUUUACCAUCACCAGUGCCAAGGGUGUCUCUCAGGCCAGUACUCAAACAAAAGGUGCAUUGGGUAACAUCAACAAGGUGGGGAAUUUAUACACAAUGCACAUCAACGCAGACGUCCAGAAAAAGGGAUUAUGGGUGAUUAAGGUUCAGACGUCUCAAUCCUAUACAGUCAAAGUCGUUGGACAAAGCCCGAUUGACUUCCUGUACAACUUUGUGGAAGUAAACGAAGGCACCGACUCAUUUGUGUUUCUUGACAGCCGACCCUCUGCCAAUGCAAAGGCCACUUUACUGGUGGCCAUCACCAUGCCUGACUCUGUGAGAGUAACAGAAGUGGCUAUGGUGCAAGAACACGGCACCACCGUGCUUGCAAGAAGUCUUAAAAAGACAGCGCUGGGAAGCUACUUUGCAACAGUGGACAGGGUGCCUGAGGGUAGCUUUGCUGUUCAGGUGAAGGGGAUGAUCCUCACAGGAUCUUUUGAAAUCUUCCAGAGACAGUCAUCCACCCAGCUUAAGGCCUCGGGUGUAACAGUCACAGCUCAGACAACGGCUAACCUGAAGCCUGGCAUUCCGCUUAGCAUCCCUUUCACGGUAGCCUCUGAACAUUUCGGAGGAACAUUCACUGUCAAAGCGAGGAAUGACCGCAAAUUCACAUUGACCUCCCCCUCUAGGGUGGCUGUAAGCGCCGGCGGACGCACUGAGAGUAGACUGACCAUCAAGGCUCCUGCGGUCACCCCCUCAGGCACGGACGUCACACUGACCAUCGAGGUCCAGGGUCCUGGAGGCGACUCCAAUUAUGCUGUGCUCCGCCUCACUGUAUUAGCUGAGGUAACCGACAGCUCCCCGCCGGACUGCCAGGUGACCAGUGUGGACGCUGAGUGCUUUGGCGAUUGCAGCCUGUCAACCUGGAAAAUGUUCGCCGAGCUGACGGACGGUAAAGGCUCAGGCAUCAAGACCAUCACAGUCCAAGAGGGCACUGGUACCCUCAGCACCACCGUGAAGCGGCAGGGCGGAGUGGAGGUGACCCAGGCCACCUACAGCGCCUCCUGCUGCUCAGAGAAGGUAGAGCUGGCGGCGGUGGAUGCCGCGGGGAACGUGGGCACCUGCUCUUGGGCCAUUAAGAAAGAAAGCUUCUGGCAUCCUUACUGUACCUGAACACAGUGCAUCU